UGCCGCCCUCUUCUUUCCCCUCGUCCGGAGGGCGCGGCGGGCGGCGGCUAUACGCGAGUACGCGACGGCGGGUUCUUCCCCUCCCGCUUGCAACGGCUUCGCGUGUGGCGGCGCGUUCGAAUCCUCCACCACCGGCGGCGCCUGCUCCCGGCGCGGCGGCGCCCCCGCCCCCUUCGCUUGCGACUGCCCCGCCGCCCAGCCGUGUGCGCUUCCCUGCCCAGCCUCCAUGCGAGCUCUCGUAGCCUCCUCCGCUCUCCUCCGGAGAUCUGCCGCCCGUGCCAACCUCUCCGGCGCGGGCUUCUGUAAUGGCGCGCCUCCCGUGUCCUCUCCUCUCCGCCGCUUUCCCCUCCAGAAUUGGAUAAACGACAGAUUUUGUUGGUUCUUAUCAAAAAGUUGUUCGAUGUCAACCUCAGUUGAUGUGCAAUUAGACUAUGAGACUGAUCCCCCACUCGAUGGUGUAAAAGUUCUCGAGAAAGAGUCGACACUAAGUGUCGCUGUCUCUCAACUCGCAAGUGAUUUUGAUAGAGAAUCUAAUUUAUGUUUGGAGCGGUUCUCCCGCACAAGGCGCACACCUGUGAUCUCCACUGGUUCUCUUAAGCUUGAUAUUGCUCUUGGCAUUGGUGGAUUACCAAAGGGUAGAAUGGUUGAAUUAUUUGGAAAAGAGGCCUCUGGGAAGACAACACUCGCCCUUCAUGUUGUCAAGGAAGCGCAAAAGAAAGGAGGCUGCUGUGCUUAUAUUGAUGCAGAAAAUGCUUUUAACCCUUCUGUUGCCGAAGCCAUUGGUGUAAACGUUGAAAAGCUCCUGAUAGCCCAACCUGACUCUGCUGAAAAUUCUUUGAGCAUAGUGAACACUCUUGUUGGUGGAUCAAUUGAUGUUGUUGUUGUCGAUAGUGUUGCAGCACUUAUUCCCAGAUGUGAACUUGAAGGUGAAAUAUAUAUGAAUUCUGAAGAUGUGCAGUCCCGCUUGAUGACUCGGGCACUUCGAAAAAUUCAGCACACACUAAGUCGCUCUGAAACGCUGAUUAUUUUUGUUAAUCAGGUUAGAACAAAGUUGAGCUCAAAUCAGACUCCUGGAAUCUUCAAGGAGGUAGCUUGUGGCGGCAAUGCAUUAGGAUUCUAUGCUGCAGUCAGAAUGAGGACUUCAAGAAGGGAAUUACGCUACAAUGAGGCCCAGGCUACUGGCAUCGGUAUAUCAGUGCAGAUAAUCAAGAACAAAUUAGCUCCAGCAACUCUGAAGGAAGCUGGCAUUGACAUCAGAUUUGGGAAGGGGAUCUGCUACGAAUCAGAGAUCCUGGAGCUGGCUUCUUCCCUUGGGGUUAUUAUGAAGGAUGAUUCUGGGUAUUGGAUCAAUGGUGAGUUCCUUCCAAACAAGGCAGAAGCUGAGAAAUUCCUACGUGAAAAUGCUGCUGUGGCGGAUGAAAUCUGCGGUACCAUGAGGAGACAAUUCUUUGAAAGGUGACAAACUGAAGGACUUAUUCUGGUUAUCUUGUAUACUAGCAAGCAGGUGCGAAACUCAGAAGGAAAUUACAGUGUACAGUUGGGGCAUCAUUGAAGAGUCUAAAAAUAUCAUUUAUUACUUGAAGUGCAGUUAAGGGAUCGACAACCAAUUAGAGAGGCUAAUCUUUUGUUAGCCUUGUAAUCUCAUCCCACCAUCAGGCAAAUAGCUCACUACUGUUAUGACAUGAGGUAUGGAUGACUGCCCCUAUGAGCUUUGUUUGUUCAGUAAGAUCACAGCUGUUGUAUCAUAUAUUUACAGGAUAUUUUUCUGCAAUGCAAUUUGUUUUCCUCAGCCUGUUGUAAUUUGACAAAUUUUAAGCACAUCGAGGGCCAUUCCCUCAAACAACGAUACUUCAGUACAACAUCGAGGGUCAUUCCCUCAACUUUAAACUUUCA